GUAUAGUAAUCGGUACGCGACGAGCCGGUCUGACGACCAGUUUAGUUGGUAAUUGGCACGCACAACUACAACUGACAAUCCACGCACAGAAGCAGUUUCUCUCGCUCCUUUUUUCACGGUCUUUCACUGGAAACCCUUACGGGGAGCCAUCCAAUAGUUCGUGCAGAUAAGAGCGUUAUUACGUGGUAGGAGUCCAAAGAUAAAGUCCGUAGCAAGAUAAAGAAACACAUCAGUCGAAUUUGAUUGCAUUAGUUUGUGAUACAGCAAUUAUGAGUAAGAAUAAUAACGAGAGGGCCAUCAACUUCGGCGCAGGGCCUGGAAAACUUCCAUUUGAGGUUUUGAAAGAAGUCCAGGAUGAAUUGUUAAGCUACGCCAAUACUAAAGUCAGUAUUCUUGAAAUAAGUCAUCGCUCUGACGAUUUCAAAAAAGUUGUUGAAAAUGCUCAAGAACGACUUACGGAGCUACUUAAAAUACCAGACAAUUACAAGGUGAUGUUUUUACAAGGUGGUGGUACCGGUAUGUUUGCCGCAGUACCUCUCAACAUGAUGAAGACUGGAAAGGCCGAUUAUAUUACCACGGGCACAUGGUCUGCAAAAGCAGCCAAAGAAGCUUUAAAGUAUGGCCAAGUAAAUUUUGUUUUACCGAAAACCACCAGUUAUACACAAAUUCCUGACAAAUCCACGUGGAAUUUUAGUCCAGAUGCUGACUACGUGUACUAUUGCGCUAAUGAGACGGUUCAUGGUAUUGAAUUCCAUGAUAUUCCCGACACAAAAGGUGUACCACUGGUAGCAGAUAUGUCAUCUAACUUUGCAUCAAAGCCAAUUGAUGUAUCAAAGUUUGCGCUAAUCUUUGCUGGAGCUCAAAAAAAUGUUGGACCAUCAGGUGUCACUAUAUUAAUAGUUCGGAAAGAUUUUAUUGGCACAGCAAAACCUAUUUGUCCUUCUAUAUUUGAUUUUGCAGUGAUAGUAGCAGAAAAUUCUAUACAUAAUACACCGCCAGUUUUUCAAAUUUAUUUUGUUGGUCGAGUGUUCGAAUGGAUUAAGAGGAAUGGUGGAAUAGAAGGCAUGGCUAAAUUAGCUCAUAAAAAGAGCAAACUUAUAUAUGAUGUUAUAGAAGAAUUAAAAGGGUUCUAUAUUUGCCCAGUUAAGAAAGAAAAUCGUAGUCGAAUGAAUGUACCCUUUAGAAUCAAAAAUGAUGAUAAACUUGAAAAUGAAUUUGUAGCUGGAGCUUCAGCUCUUAAUAUGAUUGGACUAAAAGGACACAGAUCAGUAGGUGGUAUUCGAGCAUCUCUCUACAAUGCUAUUACACUCGAAGAAGCUCAAACUCUAGCUUUGUACAUGAAAUCAUUUUACAAGCAGCACAAAGAUACUUAAGCAAUAUUAGUUAUAGUUUUAUCAAGAUCUUUUAUUAUCAUUGUACUUUGUUUAAUAUAUAUACAAGAAUUUGUACAUAAUAAUACUUUUUAUGAUUUU